ACUUCAAGUCCGGCUGCAAGAGUUGACAAGAGGGACGGAGGGUGAGGAAGAGGAGCGGGGGGCGGGACGCUGCCCCCCCCCGCUCUGAGCUGAAGACCCUCCUUUUGCGCUCGCCCCCUUUCCUCCCGCUAACAUGGUUCUGCUAACCAUGAUCAGCCGGGUCCAAGACGGGCUACUUUUGGCUGCCUCCAUGCAAGAAACGGAGCAGUCAAAUCGGAACUUCCAAGAAUAUCACAAUCAAGCCAAACAGCUUUUCCGAAAACUUGGGGAUCAUUCGCCAAAUCGGUGUUCUCUGCAGGCUGGACCGAUGACUUUUCAUUACCUGAUCAGCCAGGGAGUUUGUUACCUGACACUCUGCGAAGCUAACUAUUCGAAGAAGUUGGCCUUCUCUUUUCUGGAGGAGCUACAAGCGGAAUUCUGGGAACUUUACGGGAAGAAAGUGUCGUCGGUGUCCCGGCCUUACGCCUUCAUUGAGUUUGACAUUUACAUCCAGAAGCUGAAAAAAUCCUACCUAGAUACUUGGUCAAAGCGCCAUCUGAGCAGCAUCAACGUGGAGCUCCAGGACGUUCAGAAAAUCAUGGUGACCAACAUUGAAGAGGUCCUUCAAAGAGGGGAGACCUUAUCAGCUCUGGACUCGAAAGCCAGCAACUUGUCAACCCUCUCCAAGAAAUAUCGCCACGAUGCCAAGCUCCUCAACAGCCGUUCUGCUUACGCCAAAGCUGCCGCCACCGGCCUCAUCUUCAUUGUGCUCCUGUUCUACAUACGCUUCUGGUGGCUGGUGUGACCGAAUCUCUCCCUCUCGUUUCCAAGGCCCCGUGUGACUUGUGCUUUUCCUUUGAGGAGAAACGGGAAUAUCCUCAAAUUUGUCACUCGGAACAAUGUUACUGUUUUUCACCUCACCCCUUUUGCCAGUUCAUGGUUGGCCUAAAAUGGCAGCUACAAGAUGCCGAGUGGACCUACGUCUAUUUAUAAAUGGAGAAAAAGCUGGUCGACCUGCCUUUGGCAAAUGAGGAAAAAUUCAUCACUUUCCAUAGCUCAGCUUCCCCCCCCCCCCAACAAAGCCUUACAGCAUUGUCAACAGCCAGCAGGUUGAUAGUGGUAUCGGCUCCUGCCACAAUAAAUCUGUAGUUUUUGUGUGUG